UGGUGUACAAAACCAAAAGUAAAAAGACGCAAAAACAAAUCUUGAACACCCACACGAGCAGAAAUCCACUUUUUCCGAUCUGAAAGACAUGGUUAGAGCUAACCCAUGAUGUUCAACUGGAAGGUUGCUGGACCUAAUCCCCGAGCUGACAAGGGAACCAUAAUGCUGCCUGCUAAGGAGCUACUGCUACUGGCCACUCUGGAGGAGUUGACUGAGAGAGGAGGAAACCUGGAGCAAUUUCAGUGGUUCUUGACUAGCCUGCUGCCCGUAUUUCCUCCCAUCCCAGAGAGCCAGCUGGAUGACCCUGACAGGCAGGACACAGUGGAUGAGAUGGUGCAGAGCUUCGGCCCUGAGGACGCUGUGAAGAUCACACUGAGGAUCCUGAGGAAUUUAAAACAGUUUGAUCUUGCAAAAAAGUUAGAGAUAAACUACAGACAAGUUACUCCAUGCUCUAAAGGCAUACUGACUUCCCCUGGAGCAAGUGGAGACCAGGAGACCUAUGAUGACAUUGAAGAAGGCGCAGGUGAAGAAUGUGACGUCAUGUGCUAUGAUGACCAAGUUUGGGGGUCACCACAACCUCACAUAAGCAUUCCUGAAGGAGAAGAUGAAGAAUAUGAGACCUGUGAUGUCAUAGACAUUACCGCCACUUCAGCUCCACUGCACACAACCAUUCCUGAGAGAGGAGCAGAAGGCCUUUACCCCAAUAUAAAACCUCAACAAAAAGGGAUGCUGAAACGCAGUCUCUCAUUAAACGAUCUUCAAGUCAGAACACCAUCCUCAUCUCGCAGAGUUUCCGGUGACAAAGGAGAAUGCAUCAGCUUGUUUAGCAGUUCUUUGAGUGCCUUGGACAAAAAGCAGUUGAGCAGCAAAGCCACUGAAAUGUGCCCCACAAUGCCAUCUGUUCCAGAUCUGCUCCUCGCUACUCUAGAGAUGCUAAGCGCAGAAGAGUGUAAGAGAUUUUUGAGUCACCUGGCUCACUCCCUGCUGUCCAUAUUUCCCCCCAUCCCAUGGAACCAACUGGAGAACGCUGACACAAAGGUCACAGUGGAUAAGAUGGUGCAGAGCUACAGCCCCGAAUAUGCUGUGAAGAUCACAGUGGUGAUCCUGAAGAUGAUGAAGUGGUUUGAUCUCGCUGAGAAGUUAAGGAAUAAUUACAGACUAGGGAGUAAAAGAGCAUGGAAAGUGUCACCGAGCAGUCACACAUCAUCUUUGUUCAAGGGUAAAGAGAAGACGGAGGAGCUUUUUGUUUCUAGGCCCUCUGCAAACAAAAAAAUAUAUACUAAUGAAGAACAAAAAACGGACUGCAAUUCAAAGAAACAAAGAUGUCAUGGUGAGGAGGAAAGGGGAUGUUUGGGUUCACAGACACAAACAUACCUAGUUCUGUCAUUGGAACUCAUAUAUGCAGGGAUCCCUGCUGCAGGUCACUCUGAUGAAGCUGAGCAAAGAAAUGAGGAAAAAAAUAAAUUUACUCCAAUCUGGCAACCUGCUGCCCGGCUUUCCUCCAAUCCCAGACAGCCAGCUAAGGUACGCCAACUUAGAGGUCACAGUUGAUAAGAUGGUGCAGAUCCUCGGCCCUGAGGAAGCUGUGAAGAUAACAUUCAGGAUCCUGAGGGACAUGAAUCUGCAUAAUAUUGCCGAUGAAUUGAAGAGGGAACACAUCAGAAACCAUGCCCUGUCAUGCCUUCCCAGUCGUCCUUUAUCUAGCGAACGAUCAAAGCAAGAGGAGAUCGAGGAACGUAUUGAAGUUAAUCUGUCUCAAAGCUUAACUGAUACCAAGGAGCAAUUAUUAAGGAAUGUAUUAGGAAAGGUCGACCAAGCCAUGCGUAUGACUGACCCUCUCCAGACAUCUCCUGAUAACUUGGUAACAGAGGUAUAUGAAGAGAGCAGGGGAGCAUACCGGUUCAAGUGCCCCAGUGCAGGUCUGUUCCCAAGUGGUGUAACCGGCCUUGGGUUUGGGAUGGAGGGGGAGGGGGAAGUGCUCUAUUGGACAGUCCCCUGGGACAGGCGGCUUCUAGCACAGAGAGGCAAGAGGCCUGCGGGACCCCUGUUCAAAUUCACAUGCCUUAAAGGGUCUGUCUGUCAACUACAACUCCCACACUGUGAGCUUCAUUCUAAGGGUGGAUGUGACUUCCUGUCUGUAGCCCAUGUGAUGGAUGACAGUUUGGAGUUUAUCCGUGACGUUCAGAUAACCGACAAACAUGUCAUAUUAAACAUCAGUGGAUUCUCUGCUUAUGGCAUCGUCAGGGAAGAUGACUCACCCACUGUCCCUAUACAUGCACUUGUCUUGUUAUUCUACAAACUCCCAGUUGUUCCUAAAAAGAGGUCCAUCCUUAAUGUGUUGUUGCUUCCUAGAAAUGUUAUGAUCAGGGAGGUACAGGAGGAGUGGAAGAGAAGGAAUGGAGACCAAGAAACCUACAUUGAAACUAACACUCACUGCCAACUAAUCCCAAAGCAAGAAUACACCCUGUCCACUGAUCUUACAGAUGAACAUCAAAUAAGACCAAAGGAUGCAGCAUUUGUGGAUUUCGAAUCCUAUGAAAAUUACAUCCCAACAUUUCAGUUGUUCUUACAAACUGUUGUUGAACAAGUUGAUCUUCUCCUAAAAGAAAAGGAUGGUGCAGAGUCUGUGUGGGAUAGACUUGUCUGGCUUCCAGUUUCACCAACAGAAAUCAUCUCUACAGCUUCCGGCCCUCUCCCUGUAGGCCCUCCUGCCAAUCCUCCUACUCUCUCAGGAGAGGACUUCAUAACAAAACACAGAGUGAAACUGGAGGAAUGCAUGGGUGAAUUGCAGCCCAUACUCCUCAAGCUCCAGGACUGUAAAGUACUGAACAAUGUGGAGCGAGAGAAGAUUGACAACAUAAGUUCACGGAUCCAGAGGAACAAGGCCCUUCUGGACAUGAUUAUGAGGAAGGGACCUCGUGCCCAGGAACAGCUCUACCAGGCCCUAAAAAAAGAGGACCCUUACCUGGUAGAAGACCUGGAAGAGGAGACAUCCUGACCAUAGAUUUGUGUGUAAGGUAAUCCAACGGUUGUGCCAAAAAUGACUACAACAUGUAAAUGGACCAGGAGCCUAGAGAUCAGGACAGGGUUGCUACGCAGGUGCACUGGCUGCAAACAGCAAGCUUCAGGACUUUGCUAUUUAAUGGCAUUAUAUAUGUUUUAAUCUCUGUAUAAAAUACAUAUGUAGAUGGUAAGUAUUUAUUUACAUUUUCAUGUCAGUAUUUUAUACACAUACAGAUUUAUGCAUCAGUCAUUUAUUUCUAUAGAUGAUCAAUGUCGCUGGAAUUUCUGUCUGCACACGUUUUUAUUGGUCUCAUACUGUGAUGGAGAGAUGCUUGUAUAAAAGUUGCAUCAUUCUUGUCCACAUAGAAUGUACUGUAUGAAAAUGAUCAUAUAGCCAGGCCUAGUCUGUUGAAUGGCAUAUCUGUGGACGAGAUCAAUGCUAUGUGGUGGCAGGCAACCUGUACAACAGUGUGAGGGCAAUGUUCAGUGUUCAUAAUGCUCAAUAGUGUAAAGUUAUAUUACAUUUGAUCUGAGCUACUCCACCUGUGUCAAAACAUCCUGGGUGGGUCAUGUUUCCAUUUGAAUAGCAGCUCUAUCCUAGCACGCCGUCCCCUCGUUCCAAAAAAAAAGUUCACACAUUGAUGAGCCGCUUCCGGACCACAGAUGAAAAGGGCUCUAUUCAAUCGGCAUUGCAGAAAUUGAUCUUUACAGCGUGAUUGACAUUUUAAGGCAAUGUUCCCGCUUUAGCGGAGGCUGCAUUCACGGUAAACGUUGCAUAUGUUGGCUCAAUCAGAAAUUACCUUUACAUUUCUAUCAAAAUGUUAUUCGUCACAUGCUUCGUAAAGAACAGGUGUAGACUAACAGUGAAAUUCUUCCUUACAGGCCCUUCCCAACAAUGUAGAGAGAAAGAAAAUAGAAAAGUAAUAACACGUAAAAAUAAAUACACAAUGAGUAACGAUAACUUGGCUAAAUACACAGGCACCAGUACCGAGCCGAUGUGCAGGGGUACGAGGUAAUUGAGCUAGAUACAGUGGCUUCAGAAAGUGUCAAACCCCUUGACUUUUUCCAUCUUUUAUUGUGUGGUACAGCCUGAAUUUUUAAUGGAUUAAAUGUUACUUUUCUGUCACUGGGCUACACAUAAUACCCAAUAAUGUCAAAGUGGAAUUUUUAUAAAUGAAUUUUAAAAUGAUAAAGCUGAAAUGUCUUGAGUCAAUAAGUAUUCAACCCCAAUGUUCUGGGAAGCCUAAAUAAGUUCUGGAAUAAAGAUUUGCUUAACAAGUCA